AUGGCGCCGGAAGAAAGUGAAACACAAGGAAAUUCAGAUUUUGCAGAACCACCACCAGUUAAGCCAAAACCGGUGGUCAUUGAGAAGUAUCGAUCAUUGUUUGAAGCCGCAGUAAAAGGUGAUUGGAAAGGUGCCGAGGAAAUCCUCAAUCAUGAUCCCGAAGCAAUCACGGCCAUAAUUUUGACCUCAGAAAUUGGUUUGACCUCAGAAAUUGGUCCAGCUACUGUGAGCAAUAUUGCGGUUACGGCCGGACAAGAUCAAUUUAUGGAAAACCUGGUUAAGCGCGUCCCUGCGAAAAAUAAAGCUCCCAUUUUACAGGGUGCCCUCUACCAUGCUGCUCGGACGGGAAGAAUACCAAGGGUAAAGGAAUUAGUAGAUGAUCUUGACAAAGUUGCUGCAUCAGGUGUAGGAGUUGCCUUGUCAAUUGCUACUGAAAGUGCUCCUAAGCAAAAGGAGGUUAUCUGGUACCUAGCCAGACGUAUCCCUCCCUCGGUUGAUCCGUCAUCUCACAACGUCAAAGACACCAAGAUGGCUCGAGCCAUUGUCCUUGAAGCUGCAUCCAAUGGAAUAUCUGAAAUUGUCAAGUUAUGUCUUAAGCAAUAUCCGGAACUGAUGUGGGAUAUAGAAUUCACAAAAGAACUGAUUGAAGAAGUUGUGAGGGGACGGCAUGUUGAGUUGUUUAGAGUAAUGAAUGCAUACGACACAAUUCCAAAAUUGAGGUACGACAUUCAGAGGAACCACGACCUGAUGGAGGCAGUAGUAGGAUGGUCACCAGGAUAUGCACCGGCAGAUUUUUCUGGGUCAGCUUUUCUUAUGCAAAGGGAACUUCAAUGGUUUGAGAUGAAGGUGAAGAAAGACGAAAGCGAUCCUUCUUCUAAAAGUCUGGAAUUGGAACCAACGAAUGAAAGGAGUGGGAAAAUGUACUGGGAAGUUUUUGUAGAACAGCGCAAAGAUUUGCUCCAAGACGCAGGACAAUGGAUGAAGGAUACAUCAUCAUCUUGUACCCUUGUAGCGACUCUCAUCAUUACAGUAGCUUUUGCUGCAGCUUUUACUGUACCUGGAGGCAACGACAAUAGAGGGAUCCCAAUCUUUUUGAAGACGACCUCAUUCAUGGUAUUCGCGAUUACGGACGCUCUAGCUCUCUUCUCCUCCAUCACCACCACCUUGAUGUUCUUGGCUAUUCUAACUUCGCGCUAUGCCACAAAAGAUUUCCUCCACUCACUACCAAGAAAAAUGAUAUUGGGCCUCACCUUUCUCUUUCUCUCUUUGGCCUUUAUGCUCAUGGCUUUUGGCUCUAUUCUUACGAUCGUCCUAAGCAGACGAUGGGAGUGGAUUUACAUCCCCAUUACUUUGUUGGAUGCCGUCCCUGUCAUAUUAUUUGCAAUCCUACAGCUUCCCUUGUAUGUUGAAAUGGUUGAAUCCACCUAUCGGCCUCGCCUUUAUUGUCCCGUGAAGAUUUGGAACUGA